AUGUCAUUGAAGAAGUUCACCAUGGAGAAGAUCAUCUGGACUUUUGUGAUGCUUCUUCUAUCAGAGCUUUGUGCAGGUCAGAACAUUUUACCUCCAGGUCCCCUGAGUGGAGCAGUGGCCGACAGGGUGGUGUUCAGCACCACCCUCACACCCCCGGCGAGUCCAUUCCUGUCCAUCAACUGGAACUUUAAAGGUGUGAACAUCAUCACAUCGACCAGCAGCAACAUCAUUGAUCCCGGAUACGCCAGCAGGAUCUCGUUAGACCGAUCUACGGGAUCCCUGGAGCUCAGGAAUCUGGUGCUGCAGGACGGCGGGGAGUACACGCUGACCAUCACACCGGACGGGGGGCUGCAGACGCAGGGGAGGAUCGUCCUCAACGUUUACACUCCUAUAACCGGCGCCACCAUCCGCAGCGCUGCAGCCGUGCUGAUAGAAGAGGAAAGCUCCACCAACCUCACCUGUGAGGCCUCCGGCUCUGUCAGCAGCAGAGAGUGGAUGAAAGAUGGUCACCUUCUUCAGGCAGGACACACCAUCAGCUUUUCUGCAGACAACAGCACAGUCUCCCUCCAUCCUGUCUUCAGCUCCAGUCACGGCACCUACCAGUGUCGGGUCAGCAACCCGGUCAGCGCCCAAACAGCCGUCCUUCAACUCACCGUCAGCUAUGGACCUUACAAUGUGUCCAUCAUCGGACCAUCUGCUGCCUCGUCUGGAGACAGAGUGAUACUGCACUGCUUAGCAGCUUCAGUCCCUCCUGCAAACUUCAGCUGGAUGUUCAACGGCAGCGAGACUCACAUCAACUCAUCACUGUAUGUCAUCGAGAGGUUCCAGGCACAGAACAGCGGCGACUACAGCUGCACCGCCAUGAACACGGUGACCAUGAGAGAAAACUCCACAGUCCUGAAUCUGAGAGGUAAAGAGAAAAUGUUCAAGUGA